GUUAGUGUAUGUGUCAACGGAACUAGCCCAGUGCAUAUGCAUCCGCUGCUGCGGAAUCGGCGGUAGAUGUGUGGAAGAGCAGUCGCCGACGAUAAAGAAGCAGUUGUUCCUCGCCGCGUUGCGGAGGCCAUGGGUGCAAUAAGAGUUCGCCAUUCUACUCGAUAGUGCGUACAGGGCCCAUUUUAUCUCACGUUGACGCUUAUCUAGCCAAAGUUUCUGACACCACUGAGUAGCGAUAAGCUCGGUAAAAGAAGCCACCACGCUCUUGUGCGAGCCUAGGAUUCGUGCCCGAAGACGCCGCCAUGCCGGAUCACGGACGAGGACGGGUGCACAGUUUUCGCGACCACGUCGUCUCCGGCGUCAACUGGCGACCGACGCGGCUCGUCGACGAGGUCCCCAGUUCACGCGUGUGCGGCCUCUGCCGCAUGAUCCCCAAACGAAUGGUGCUGUUGCCGUGCUCGCACGCUCUGUGCCAAUCUUGCCACGCAGCCAGUCUCGAAGGGGGCGUUGGCCAGUGUCCGUUGGAUGGAGAGGCAUUCGAAGAAGGGGAGUGCGUCUGUUAUGAAUUCCCAGCGAGGAAGGCGAACACCGUGAAGGUGCACUGCUGGAACGAAGCGCACGGCUGCGAGUACACGGGCACCAUGGACUGCAUGCUGGAGCACUACGAGAACGAGUGCACAUUUCACACCGUGGACUGUUUGCGAUGCGGCGAGGGAGUCCAGCACAAAGACCUGCCAACGCACUACGCGGCCGGAUGCAGUGCGGAUGUUUCUACUGCAAUAACAGAGUCCUCGCAACCUACAGCAGUGACACUCGAAGACCUGAACGCUACCCUUGAAGACGUGAAGGCGAGGUUGGGAUGUCUCAACCACGACCACCUGCUGCCAGUGAUUCAGAGUCAGUUGAAUGAGCUUACAGAACAAGCCAGAAACCAGGAAGCCAGGUUGACUCGCGAGCUCGGAGCAUACGAGCAGAAUUUAAAGGCCGAGAUGGAACAACUCAGCGUCACGAUCUCAUCGACCGUGUCGCACCAGCGGACGUCUCAGCAAAAUCCCUUGGAACAAGACAGCACGUCGAGGUCGCUGUCGUUGCGCUCGGAACAAGAUGACAUACGUCGAAAGCGUGAACACUUAGCCCAUCUGGAACCCUCGCGGCAAACUUCCCCGGAGCCUGAUUCCAGCGCUGUCAUUGCUCAUUGUGAGCGUGUGUACGGUGACGUUCGGUAUUUGACCAGUGCGCUGCCGAUACCCGAGCCCAUUAAAGAAAUUGCGUCCGUGAUAUAUCUGCUGACACUAGGAAACUUUGAGGAAAUUAUUCAGUGGCAGGGAUGGAAUAAAAAGUUUGCUUACAUUACGGUGCGGCACAUGGAGGACACGUACUUUACCAUUGCCGUCUGGAGGUACGGCGAUUGUGCAGCUGACCUCGUUCUGAAGAUCCAGUUUAACGGGAUGCUGGAGGGCUCUAAGUGUUGGCCGCCUUUCUGGAAAGUGUACGCGGUGCAUCCAGUAACAUGCAAUCAACGUUCGUUGACGCCCGCUGCCGAGCGUUGUAACUGCAAUCGCGAUGACCGCUCACUGCUGCACUUCCACCUCGAAUUUCGUAUAUCCAUUGCCUCGCUGAAAAUUGAGGACUACCUCCGAGACGGAAAGAUGGCGUUCCAUAUCUUGCUCAACGAUACAAAGAGAUACGAUAGCAUCAGAGGAGCACCCUAACGUUCGUCAUCGCCGAAUGUGCACUGCACCGGAGAAUCCUCCUCGCCGCUUCACAAUAUGUGUCACAGGAGCUUAACGAAUUUUUCAUCUCCUUUCUAGUAAAUAAAGUGAGCUCUGCCACAUCUGUUUUUUGGAAACUUGCUAUCCCUAGUAACUGUCAACCUAUUCUUUCCUGACUGUACUGGCCGUUCGUUUUCUUUAUUUCUUGUGCUAAUACAGUUUUUGUUGCGAAACGUUGUG